AAAAAAAUAUAUUUUCACAAACCAGACCGUCUGUCCCGUCCAUAUUGAUUUACACCAAUCCGGUUCAUUGCUGAACCGUCUGUCACCCCCAAUUGUUCUCAGAGACCUCGCAGCAUAACAGAGUCGAAGCAAACACCAGAAAGGAAGAACAACAAAACGGAAAAGAAGGAGAAGAUAACAAUGGAAGGUGAUCACCGGGAAGCGAAUUGGACGGAGGAAGUCGAGGACCUUGUCAAUGGCGGAGAGAUUGAUAAAGCCAUCACUGUUCUUGAAACUGUAAUCUCCAAGCUUGAAGGCUCUUCUCGUCCUCAAUUUUCACAACUGGCCGCUGCUCUGUUGGACUUGUCGAAGCUUUACUCUUCCCAAGGCCUCUCCCUUAAAGCUGACGAUGCUCGUGCCCGAGCUUUGUCAAUGAAUCGAGAAUCUCAAUCCGGUGAACUGCUCAGGAAGAGGUUAGAUUCUCCGUUCGUAUUUCUUCUUCUUCUUUUUUUUUUUUUCCCCUUUUCUACGUUUUCAUUCGUUUUUCUUUUGAGUUGUUAGGCGGAUUUCAAUUUAUUUGGUUCUUAUGAUGGAGCGAAUUCGUGGUAAAUAAUGUGAUUGAAUUUCUGUUGAUUGAGAAUUGUUCAAAUUGUGUUUAGAUUUUGUCCGGCCCUCUUUUAUUUUGCUUCUUAGGGUAGUGGUAUUAUUAACUUCUUUGUUGUUAUUAUUAUCUUAAUUUCAGGGAAUUGAACGUGCUGAAUGAGUCAGCUUCUGAAGCUUCAAAGAAUUCGAAUCAGAUUGUUGAUGAUAGUGUGUAUUUCCAUCUUUUUAACUUUUUUUUUUCUCCCUCGUUUCUGGUGGUUCUUAUACCCGUCACUGUCUUUACGAUUUCAAGAUUCUCAAGACCACCAGCAAGAUUUUUCAAACUUGCGGAAAGAUGAGUCCAUACAAGAAGAACUCGCGGAUGAUGACUGGGAAGCUGUCGCAGAUCGUUCUCCAGAUGAGUUACUGACCCCAAUAAGUUUGCCGGGAGUAUCAAAGCUCUCGUUGGAAGACGUUGAAGUGAAAGGUACGAAACGGCGAGGAAGGGGAACAUUUUCCUACAAGAAAGCUGGCAUGUAUAGCGACGAGCGAUUGAGUGAACCUGUAAUUGGCGAUGAAGAUGACAUCGCUGAAUUCGCAUCAUCGGCAGGAGAAAAUAAAACAAAAAAUUUGAUCUAUGGCACAAAACACAUCCUUGUUCUUUCCGGCUUUCCGCCAAGUACGAGGACAUUAGACCUAGAGAAGCUGUUAGAGAGAUUUAAGGAUCGUGGAGUUGUGAUUCGCUGGGUUAAUGAUACAACUGCACUUGCAGUUUUCAAAUCACCAUCAAUUGCUCUCGAUGCGAGUAUGUCCAUUAAGUGUUCAUUUUCGGUCCGUAUACUUGAGGAGACAGAUGAAAUUCUAAGCUCGAUUCCCCCAAGAGAUCUUGAACCUCCUGCUGUGCGGCCCAAAACAUCUGCAAGAACUGCACAGAGACUUAUAGCUCAAAGCAUGGGAAUAAAGUUAGACACAACAUCCUUCGGAUCUGAAGAACUGAGGAAACAAGAGGCAGCCCGGAAGAGCCGAAUUAUUUCUAGGCAACACAUGAAGGAAGAUGCUUGGGGUGAUGAUGCAAGUUAGCGUGUGGAUCGUUUCUGCAGGAAUAUGAGGUGAUCUCUCUUAUCAUAUAGUAACAUCUUUGACACCACCAACUAAUUCUUUAUGUCCUGUGAAUUCUCGGCUUUGAUGUGGAUCCGCAGGGAUUGUACCUUAGGCAACUUUGACAUAUCACAUUUAGUUUUGAAGGAGAUGAGAUGAUUAGUUUGCAAAUUGACUAACCGAACCAUUGUGAAAUGUAUACGGUUUGGAUUUCACAAGCAAAUUGCUCCUCAUUGAAGAAUUUGUUUGUUUUGUUAUGCAUUUCUGUUUGUGACGCCGAAAGCUCC